UAAGUGUAACCUAAUUACAAUUCCUAUUCAUCUCUUCAUUUCAAUUUACCUUCAGUUCACGUUACGUUUUCCAAAAGCUCAUUCGCCGCCAUAGUUGUUUCACAGGUUCUUUGCCCUUCGUCUUCAUCUCUGGUUUUUCAUCUUCAUCACUAAUUCCGUCUUCAUCGCCGCCAUAAUCCCUCUUCUUAAACCCGACUGGUUUGUUGAAGCAAAGGAAAAUCUUGUUUCGGACAUGGUUGGAGAAGAAGAUAAAAGAAGAAGAAUAAGUUGUGGAUCUGAUAGAACACGAUCAACCAGUAAAGGACGUGAUGAGUUUGUUGAGUUGAUGAAGGAGGCCUUGAUUUUACUGAGAAGAUGAAGGAGGCGACGUGUUUGGCAAAUGUUAGGUUUUAAUAUCAUUCUAUUUUAUAUAUAAUGCUAUUUGAUUAAUAAACAUGAAAAUAUGUUAAAAUAUGAUAAAGUUAUAUAUGAAAUUACAAAAAGAAUUGGAUUUAAUUUUUAAAUGAGUUGACAUUGACACGUCAAAAAAUGAGUGCCAUGUCAUAAAAAAUUGGCCUCCGAUUUGCAGAGGGACUAAAAUUCUCAAAAAAUCAUAGUUUAGGGACCAAAAUUCCGGAUUUUAAAAUAGGGGAAUCAAAAAUGAAAAAAAUGGAUAAUGGAGGGACCAAAAGUGCAAUUAAGCCUUUUUUCUAUUAUUAUUAUUAUUAUUGUUAUUAUUAUUAUUAUUAUUAUUAUUAUUAUUAUUAUUAAUAAUUAAUUAAUAAUUAAUAAUAAUAUAAUAAAAUAAGUUAAAAAUGAUUUAUUUUUGGGCUGUAUUUGAGCGAGGAGGGAGAGUAUACAGUUUGGCGGCAAAGGAUAAUUGAAUUAGAAUCCAAAUGGAAGACGAAGAAGAAGUGUUGUCGUCGCCGUCUUCUUCCGAUUCCGAUCCCGAUUUCGACACCGAUUCCGGCGACGCUGAAAAUGAAGUCGAACAGCGAAAAUCUCAAAAUGUAGAAGCACUCAUCCAAGGCAACCUGAUCGUGAGGAGACAAUCGUUGCUACCGCGAGUGUUAUCAGUAGGUACCAACGGAGCCGCCGUUUGCAGAAAACCAUUCAAACCUCCAUCCGAUGCUGCUUACACCAACAAUCAAGACCUUUCUCGUAGACUCUCUGCUCGCAAAAGGUUUGUCCCAUGGGGUUCCACUACUCCUAUUCCUCUUCCUAACCCUACACAUUCGCCUUUAUUGGAGUUGAAUUUGAAUGUCCCAGUCCAUGAGGAUGAAGUGAAACCCUCACCCUUGCCCCCUGGAAUUGAGCCUCUUGUACUCUGGCAACCUCCUCAUGAGGAUCCUCCUGAUCCUGAUUCUAAUUUCACAGCAAUAUCAGUUGAUGCGUUGCUGGUUCGCUUCCUUCGUCCGCAUCAGAGAGAAGGAGUUCAAUUUAUGUUUGACUGUGUAGCAGGACUGUGUGAUACUCCUGAUAUCAAUGGAUGCAUUUUGGCAGAUGAUAUGGGUUUGGGGAAGACACUGCAAUCCAUUACAUUACUGUACACUCUAAUUUGUCAAGGCUUUGAUGGGAAACCUAUGGUUAGAAAGGCUAUCAUUGUCACUCCUACCAGUCUAGUUAGCAAUUGGGAAGCUGAAAUAAAGAAGUGGGUUGGAGAAAGGAUUCACCUUGUUGCUCUAUGUGAAAGCACGCGAGAAGAUGUUAUCUCUGGGAUUAACAGUUUUACGAGUCCCCGAAGCAAUUUGCAGGUGCUCAUUGUUUCAUAUGAGACAUUUCGAAUGCAUUCGUCCAAGUUUAGUGAUAGUGGAUCGUGUGAUCUCCUCAUAUGUGACGAGGCUCACAGACUGAAAAAUGAUCAGACAAUAACAAACCGGGCAUUGGCUGCUCUCCCGUGCAAACGUAGAGUUUUGUUGUCAGGAACUCCUUUGCAGAAUGACUUAGAAGAAUUCUUUGCAAUGGUUAACUUCACUAAUCCUGGAGUAUUGGGUCACAUUGCACAUUUUCGACGUUAUUUUGAGGCACCGAUAAUUUGCGGAAGAGAACCUGCUGCCACUGCAGAAGAGAAGAAACUCGGUGCUGAACGCACUGCAGAAUUAAGUGCCAAAGUUAACCAGUUCAUACUAAGACGGACUAAUGCGUUGUUAUCAAAUCAUUUACCACCGAAGAUAGUUGAAGUUGUUUGCUGCAAGUUGACUCCGCUACAGUCAGAUCUAUAUAAACAUUUUAUACAAUCCAAAAAUGUUAAACGUGUGAUUAAUGAAGAAGUGAAGCAGUCAAAGAUUUUGGCCUACAUAACAGCUCUAAAAAAGUUAUGCAAUCAUCCUAAGCUCAUCUAUGAUACCAUACGAAAUGGGAGUCCAGGAACUUCAGGUUUUGAGAACUGCAUCCGAUUCUUCCCUCCAAAUAUGUCAUCUGGAAGGUCUGGAUCAGGGACAGGAGGGCAUGGAGGCUGGGUUGAGCUUUCUGGUAAAAUGCAAGUCUUGGCAAGAUUACUUGCUCAAUUACGUCAGAGAACAGACGACCGUAUUGUCCUUGUCUCAAACUAUACUCAGACUCUUGAUCUUUUUGCUCAAUUGUGUCGGGAACAAAGGUACCCUCACUUGAGGCUUGAUGGCGCUACAUCAAUCAGUAAAAGGCAAAAGUUGGUCAACUGCUUGAAUGACCCGUCUAAGGAUGAAUUUGUUUUUCUCUUAAGCAGCAAGGCUGGUGGUUGUGGACUCAAUUUGAUUGGGGCAAAUCGACUGGUCUUGUUUGAUCCUGAUUGGAAUCCAGCCAAUGAUAAACAAGCUGCAGCAAGAGUGUGGAGGGAUGGACAGAAGAAAAGAGUUUAUAUUUAUAGAUUUUUGAGUACCGGAACAAUAGAAGAAAAGGUCUACCAGCGUCAAAUGUCAAAAGAAGGGUUGCAAAAGGUUAUUCAGCGGGAGCAAAAUGACAGCGCUACGGCACAGGGUAAUCUUCUUUCGACAGAGGAUCUUCGCAAUUUGUUUACUUUUGAUGAGAACGUCAAGUCAGAGAUUCAUGAAAAUAUGCGAUGUAGUCGGUGUCAAACAUAUGAUGGGCCUCAAGACACUGAUGUCUUAUCGACAAUGAUUAAUUGCGAAGGUGAUGAUGAAGAAACCUCUGAUAUAGGCGGAUUUGCUGAAAUUUCAGGCUGCUUAGGGAAUUUAAAAAGAUCAGAAAAGCAGGUAGGGAAUCCAUUGGAAGAAGAUUUAAGUAGUUGGGGCCAUCAUUUUUCCCCAGCCUCUGUACCAGAUGGUAUCCUUCAGGCUUCAGCUGGAGAUGAGGUGACUUUUGUCUUUACAAACCAAGUUGACGGAAAGCUGGUACCGGUUGACUCAAUGAGUCCCAAAGUACAGAAAAAGGAAUUACACAGGCCUAGGCGGAACGUUGAGAGAAAAUCUACUCCUUUUUCUUCACAUAAUAAGUUAGUACCACUACGUUCUGCAUCUCAUUCAUCUUCGAUUGCUUGGAAGAAAGAAGCAACGAAUUGUGAAAUUACCAAAAAAGUUGGCAUAGAUGUAGCAUCGAACACCAAAAACUCUCUUGUAAAUGAAAUAUCGAAACAGAAAAGAUCAUGCCCUGCUGAUAUCAAUGAUGAGCACUCUCUUCUAAAUGAAGUAUCACAGAAAAAAAUAUGUCAUGUUGUUAUCAGUGAUGAUGAUUUUGAGUAAUACUUCAUAAGUUUUUGCCCAAGUUUGGUUUGAUUUAUGCACACUUUCCUAUUUGGAAUUUAA